GCGCACAGCCUCGGAGCGCAGCGCGCAGACAUGACGGCCUCUGGCACGGCGCAUCGCGUGGACCAGCAGCCCAGGGCCAAAGAGGACAGGAAGCUGAGAAAACCGCUGAUUGAGAGAAAACGACGCGAGAGGAUCAACAGCUGUUUGGAUCAGCUGAAGGAGACCGUGAUCGGAGCCUUCGGGCUCGAUCAAUCCAAACUGGAGAAGGCUGACAUUCUGGAGAUGACCGUGAAACACCUGCAGAACAUCAAGGACCACAAACUACUGAAGGAUCCAGCUGCAGGCCUGGAGGCCCAGCAGAGGUUCAGCACCGGGUACAUCCAGUGCAUGCACGAGGUCCACAACACGCUCCUGACCUGCGACUGGAUGGACAAAACCCUGGGCUCCCGUCUGCUCAACCACCUCCUCAAGUCCCUGCCCAGGUCCAGUGAUGAGUUCGCCCACCCUAGACGGGACACCCCCCUCUCACCCGGCCAAGGCACACUUCUCAGAGGGGACCCUCUGGGUGGGAGGCAGCACCAGAGGGAGGGCCCCACCUGCCACGUGUCUGGGCUGCAGGAGAGGCUCCAUAGCUCCCAUCUGGGGGUGCUGGAAAUGUGGAGACCAUGGUAGACCAGUGGAUUCUGGUCGUCCCUUUUGUUAGACCAUCUGCUCUUAUGUAUCUCAUAGAUAUGCUGCUCAGGAGGCAUGUGGGGAAGUUCUGGUCCG